GGGGACACAGUCAAGUUCUGGAAUAUCUCAUAUUAUUUUGUUUUCCUUCGGGCUAGGCAGCAGAAGUAUAUUUUUUGUAAUAACCCUGCUGUUCUUUUCUGAAACAGACUCGACAUGGACGAAGUGUUUACACCUUUGGACUGCCUCCUACCCUCAGGAAAACAGAAGAUUUGUCUCAUCAUCCUCAACCAGCCUUUGGAGAAGAAGUACUUGGACGUCCUGUGGGGUAAAGCACUACUGCGUGCCUGUGCAGACGGAGGGGCCAACCACCUCUAUGACCUCACCGCUGGGACACGAGAGAGUUUCCUCCCGGACUACAUAAGUGGAGACUUUGAUUCUAUAAAGCGUGAUGUCAAGGCCUUCUAUGAAGAAAAGGGCUGCACUCUGAUGGAGACGGCAGAUCAGGACCUGACUGAUUUCACAAAGUGCCUGGCCAUCAUGGUGGAGAAAAUGAAAGAGCAGCAACUACAGGUGGACACCAUCGUCACCCUGGGAGGACUGGCUGGCAGACUGGACCAAACGAUGGCGUCGGUGGAGACCCUGUUCCACGCGCAGAACAUGACGGACCUCCCUGUUGUGGUCAUCCAGGGCACAUCGCUGGCCUACCUGCUGAGACAGGGAAGACGGCACCAGCUGCACGUGAGCACAGGGCUGGAGGGAGCAUGGUGCAGCCUGAUCCCCAUCGGAGCCUCCUGCCUCACACACACCACCGGCCUCAAGUGGAACCUGGACAACCAAGUGUUGGAGUUUGGGAAGCUGGUGAGCACAUCCAACACUUACGCGCCCCACGAUCCGAGCGAGGGGAGGAAGCCUGUGACUGUGACCUCAGAUAAGCCCCUGCUGUGGAGCAUGGGCAUCCUCAUGAAGUAGCCAAAGCUCCACUCCUCCAGGGGACCCAGAGCUCAGCUCCGCCAGGGGACCCAAGGCUCCGCUCCGCCAGGGGACCCAAAGCUCAGCUCCGCCAGGGGACCCAAAGCUCAGCUCCGCCAGGGGACCCAAGGCUCCACUCCGGCUCCGCCAGGGGACCAAGACUUGAUUGGAAUGUCUGCCAAGUGCCUUCAUGAUUAAGAAUGGAUGCCAUACCAUAGGUAUUUUCCUCACGGAUUAUUUAUUAACAAAUUGUCCACAAACACACAACGUAGAAAUUGUCCAUUCAUCCCAUUCAGUCGCCGUCACAGUUCAAAAAAGUCAGCACAGGCAAUGGUCUAGCCGCCGGUUUAGCCCCCACUGUAGAGAACAACAGAGCACCAGUGUGUUAGUCACCAAUGGGAUACUAGUGUGGACUAAAGUAUAUGUACUAAAUGCUAAAACAAUCAUGUAUUAUGUUUAGUUUGAAAUACUAUGCACAAGAUAUUGUAGUUUUUCUAUUCUGACAUUUUUAAUAACAAUAAAAUAAUUCGCAUGA